AUGGAGAUGGAGACCGUGGCGUGGGCGGCGAGGAGGUCGAUGCAGGAGGCCGCGGCGUCGUACGCGCGGUCCACGGCGAGGUCGGUCGAGACCAUCGUGGUGAUCGUGGCGGCCAUCGUGCUCGCCGCGGCGCUCGCGGGCGUUCUCGCGCGGGCGUGCGGCGGGAGGCACGUGGCGGACCGCGACGUCGAGGGGUGGGUGGAGCGCCGCUGCCGGAGCUGCCUCGACAGCGGCCUGCCGCCGCCAGCAACAUCAUCAUCCAAGGCCAGUGACGCCAAAUAG